AUCACAGGCCCCUGAUGGACCUCAGUUCAGCCUUCAACACCAUCAACCCAGACAUCCUCCACCAGAAGCUCAUACAGCUCAAAGUCCCGGCCUCCACCUAUCAGUGGAUCACCAGCUUCUUGCUUCUCAGAGCUUGUUAACCCUGCAGUCAAAAAUACUAUAAAUAAGUUUCAUCUGCUCAGUUUAAUUCACAUUAUGCUUCUGUUGUAUGAGGCUGUAAUAAACAUGUAAUAAACAGGUAGAAAGAAAGUUCCCUAAUUAGGAUACCUAUGAAAGUACUCACUAAUUAUAUUUCAUCAUUUUAGAAACAGAACAAUCAUUACUAACCAGUUUUGAGUCACAAUUUAAAUGAAGAGAUAUUAACAAUUAUACACAUGUAAGAAAAUCUACAGUAAUCUUACUGCAGCUGCUGUGUGAACAUGCAACAUCCUAUGAUAUAUUAGCUAAAUAAUUAUAAUAAUUAUAAUGCCUCAAACAUUAAGUCACCUUUAGUGUUAUUUUCUUACAGUUAGCUGCGCACAAACACAAAGCCUUCCUUAAAACAACUAGUUAUUAUUUAUCUCUGACAGUCCUGCCAGACUCAUCAGUUUUGUUGCGUUGCAGUUCUGGAAAGUACCAGAAUAUUAAGCCUUCAUUUGGCUGCUGUCAAUUGUGAUUGACAGGCAGACCAGCCAAUGAGAACGCAGAUCCGAUUUGAACGCACAAAAAGGCAAAACUUUAGUGCUUUCCCCAGAUCAUUCACAAUAAACAAAGCGUGAUUAUAGCGCAAUGCUGGUUGAACCAGACUCAGAACCACAGCUGGACUCAGAUCAGUAAGUUUAUCACAGGUGGCUGCUGUGGUUCUGAGCCAGAUCAGAAACUUGACAAACAGAACAUCAGAACAGGAAUCUUAAACUGGCAGCAGGAGCAUCAUUACUAUUGAAGCUGUUUAUGGUUUUAUUAUAAAAUGUAUAAAAUUUGAAAAUCAAAACAAACUCAAAUAAAUGGUUCUCCUUCCAUUGUUGAUCCAUCACAAGCUAGACUUCUAGAGCAUCCAGAACCUUUAAAAAGAAAAACUCUUUCAGUCAUGUGAAGGUGAUGAGACCAGAACCACUGGCUACCGAGCCAGCAUUUACCCAGGAUCAGAUUUUCUUUUUUCCUUGGAUCAGACCCUCAGGAUCCAAGCCAGGAUCGGGUUUAUUGGGUUCCAAGGCACGAUCUGAACCAAAAUCUAACUUCUGUGGGUUCUGACCCAGAAUCUGUUGUCCCUGCCAAAGGAAAUCUGGGUCUCUGUUGUGUAGUUUCAGAAUAAAGCUGAAUAACUCUGAGUUACAGGCCUCCAGCAGGGGGCAGCAGAAUCCCAGCUGCCAGCCAACCCUGCAGAUGGAGUUGCUGUAAUGUUAUGGAUCCGCUGCUGAUCAUGCUUCUCCACCUUGAUCCCAGUCCGUCCAGAUGGUUCACAUGCAGGCUGAUAUUCAGAAGGAGCGCGCAUCCAGCAGCCUUCGUCCAGCUCCUCAUCAUCUGGCGGUUGGAGGGGGAAUCCCACACCGCGGGGGCGGGACCACAGCCUGUGAGUGUGUGUGUGCAGCACGUGGAGCCUCAGACAGACCCGAACCAGGACCAGGACCCGCGCCUGGACCAGGAUCGCGCCUUCAUUUUGCGGUGUUCAUGUCCCUGCGAGCUCAAACGGAUAACGGAUCGGCACCUCCUCGUGUGCGCGCAUCAUCCGGCCGUGAAGGGCACUGGCAGGUUCGCGUGGCUCUUACCGGUCACGGCAGGAGCUGAUAACCUGGAGCUUAGACCGGAUGUGCUGAUGACGUUCCGUUUUUAUCGGAUUUAACCGGAAACUGUCGCUUUGAUUACUUUGGAGGACUCUGACGUCACAUCAAGGCAAAUAAGGCACAAAAGGAUUAAAGUAUCAGCUGAUCAGCUGACAUCGGGAGAAAAGAUGUGUCAGCUGUGAGAUCACAGGCGGCCUGCAGAGGGCGAUGGCGGCCUACAGCAGCCGUGACAUCAUAGAGGGUUAUAUGCGCUACAAGUUACUGGACGGGGGCGUGGCCUGGCGUUUCCCGCCUCAUUCCAGCCAGAGAGGUAUUUUAUCACCGUUGCCAUGGAGAUCCGAGGAGGGUCUAGCUCUGGACCACCUGCAGCAGGCUCUGCCCCGGCUGCUAGCUGCGCUGCAGAGUGCUAGUGAUGAGCUAGAGGGGCUUUAUCACAAUGACCUUCAGGCCCAGGUGGCGGCGCUGCAACUUCAGCGGGAAAUCAGUGGUGGCGCUGCAUUGCGCAGCCUGACGCUGAUCCGGGACGAGAUGUUCAGGGACGGUGUAAACUGGGGACGCAUUGUGGCCAUGAUGGCGCUGGGUGGAGCUCUGAGCACCGAGGCCGCCCGGAUGGGCGAGACGGGUCAAGUUGACGACAUCGCUGACUGGAUGGAGGAAAGUUUGGAGUCCUCGACGCUCCGGGGAUGGAUCCAAAACAACGGGGGAUGGGAUGCCUUCGUUGAGCUCUACGAGUCCAGACCACCAGUCACUUUCUGGACCCUGAGUACUGUUUUUGGACUGGUUGUACUGGGAGCAGCUUUCAUCACACUGGGAGUUCUCUUUGCUCAGAGAUAGGUUCCUGCUAGACCGGACUGAUCCAACCUGAGCGUCACAUCCAGUCCCAUCAGCAACCUGGCAGUCCUCCUGCUUCUUCUAUUAGUUUUUAGAGAUUAGGAGUCCAGUUAUAAUCGCAAAGGAAGGAUUUUCAAAAUAAAAGCUCAUUGGUUUUAUUUUAAAAGGUGACUUUAAUUUUUCAGUGAGGAUGCCUUCACAGCAUCCAAAUUAUAUGGUUAAAUUUAGUUGGACUUGUAUUGAAGCGUUCUUAAUAAAUGGAGACUUGUGUUUGAGUUGAACUGGAUUAAAUCUGCUGGACCAGUUUCUGUUCUGCACUGACACAAAUCUGAUUGAUGGAAAUGUUGGAACCAAUGUAUAAAAGCAUUUUGACCAA